AGGGAGAAAAGGAUUUGCAAUUCGUUUCCAUAUCAAACGUAUAGGAUAUCCUGGAUCGCCAGUUUCCUAGAAGAAAGUCAAUGUUCAGUUUUUUGUUUCGUAUUCCUCGAUUCUGUACAUUUGAAUGAUGUUUUAUUUGAAACCACAUACCUCAAACUUUUUUAAAAAACUUUUUAAAUUAUCUUUGCAUAGAGAAAUCUGUAAAAUCUGCCCUUGCUUCCUUUUCCUCUCCACAGAUAUUUAACUGUGAAAUCGAAUUUAUUGACCAGCACGGAUAAUCCCGAGCUUAAAGAUACCCGGAUAAUCGCACACGAGUUAGUCCACUGAUUUGUGACUUGGGAACCUAUGUACAGCACACACUGUCGUCGACAAAGGGCCAGUAGCAACAAUGGCGGGCAAUCUAGUUCGAAACACUGACAGUGCCGGUUCAAAUCGUGAUCGGAGUUUCCUGAACGGUCCAGUUCGUUCGUGUGAGCAAGUGUUCUAGUGUUCCAGUGCAGGGAGUUUCCAGAAAAUUACAAAACCUAUCACAUCAACAGCCGUACGAAUACUGGUUUUUGGCAAAAAGAGGAUUCUCUUCCAAAAUGACGGUGGUCAUUUUUCUGGUGAACAACACUCCAUCGAUGCUGCAGCAGUCGAUGCUUAACGGGGUACGCCUUUCCUACAUUGAUCUCGCGAAGCGCAUGGUGGAAUCGUUCCUGAAGCUUCGCGAGACACAGGAGGACAGAAUGCAGGUGCGGUACAUGCUACUAACGUACGACACCCCACCGAACCACGUAAAGGCGGGUUGGCAAGAAGGAUGGGAACAGUUUGACAGGGCAUUGAAAAACCUCCAGUGCACGGGAAGCGUCUCGGAAAGGUUUGCACUAGGCAAUGCGUUCGAACUCAUCGAUCAGGAGCGUAUGACCGUCGGUAUCGAUACGUACGGAUGGGGAAGAUGUCCAUCCAACAGUAUGUACAGUUUCAUUAUACUCAUUACAAACUAUCGCCACGGGCCGACGGCCAUCGGCAGUUCGUUGAUGCUGCCACGCUCAGUCUUAACUGAAUCGCCCCUGACGAAGGAACCGUUCCGCUGGGAUCAACGUUUGUUCGCCUUAAUCCUGGGAAGUUCACGGUGUACGCCAUUCCUGUUGCAAGUGUGCCGUAAAACGGGUGGAUGGUGUACGUCGGUCAAGCACAAGCCCAGUUUGACUUACGGCAUGGCGAAGCUGAUGGACAGCCUAAAGUUGGAGUUGAUGGUGAACUUUGUACACGAGUCUCAAAAACGCGCCGAAAACGGAGAGCUGUACGCCAUUGAACUGCAGACAACGAAGUGUGCCAUCACGUGCUGCAGCACUACAUCGAAGGGCCUGUGGCCGUUCCCCGAGUCUUACUGGCCCCGGGAAGAUCAAACCCAACUAGCUCCCCGAGCUGCGCAUCCAGAGGUGCGCAUACUGUCCAUGUGUUUCAAUGAACCAGUAUGGCCGGUUAAUGUCCCGAUCGACAAGUAUGAGGUGAGGGAAUGCAAGCAACCCACUACCGGAUUGUCUGUAACGGAGUGUGGUAAGGUAUGGCCGGUGGAGAUCGUACCGAGCUCGAAGGACCAGAGGGAACAUCCCUUCGGCUAUCUCAAGAAAGAGAGCGGGAAAAUAUUUCUGUACUUGCUACCGUACGACUACUCCGAGCUUAAUCGAUUGCUGACCGAGAAUUGUAGCAAUUUGACCGUUAAAAACAAACAUUUCCUCUACACUAUGAAGCGCUACAUAAACUCCAUACCCAGAUACUACUGUUUCCACCUGCGCAAAGCGCUGACCGGUGUACUGGAAGAAUCCGUGCUGCAAACCGUUUUACCACCGGAAAGCAUAGCGUUUCUGAAUGAAAGCAUAUGCAACCAGCUCGGCCCGUUGCAUGCGGCUGCUAAACAAAGACGCAAAAAUCUAUGUAUUCACGUGUGGAGGAAUCAGCAGCUAGCGUCUACCGCUGUACCUCAACAGCCGGAAACGGUCGAACGGCUUCAUUUACAAACAUUGCUCCAAGAGGAGAAGGAUGAGUUCAGGGCACAUUUCAGACGACCCGUCGUGCUGCCCACCAUAACCGUACGAUCGACGCCGGACUAUCGCAACCCGUACACCAUCGAACGGAACGAGCUGCUCGAUACGUUCAGCCGUAUGCGAAAUGCGUUUUACUAUCCGGAUACUAUGCCAGCGCUGCAGAGGAAUACAUUUUCUGCUCAAAACCUCAGUUCAGCUCCUCAAAACAAUGCUCCCAUGCUUCGGACGAUCAUGAGCAGUGAGGAGCUUGUUGCGGAAGUUGCACAAUACCGAAGAGAGCAUCCCGAGAAGCGCUCAACAACGAGAAGGAAAUCGAAUACUGUGCAAAAGAAAGCCGUAACAAUCAAGAAAUUCUGCUUGAGUGACAUAUAGAACGCUGAACUUCAAGUGAGACUUGGGCGAAUUGUUGCUGGAGUUGCAGGGUAUGUAUCGGCAUAGCGCGGUAGCAUGUUUUUAAAUAUUAGGAACAGAGGCAUCCCAUCACGUAUUUAUCGAUGCAAGAGAAAUUAGGAAAAUUAUUUAUCAUAAUUUUAAACAACAUAAAUCGAGAAUGGAAAUAGAAUAGGCAUCGAAUUGAGUUGAAAAUGUUUUCAAUUCAACCUAAUGUUCGGUACAACAUUUCUUUUCCGAAUAUCAGCAUAUCUGGAACGCGGUCUAACGUGUCUUUCCGGUGAUCCGGUUACUCAGAGCAAAGUACAACAAGAUACUUGUAUCAUCGUUUCUGUUUAGAUCAUCGGUUCUGAACAUAACACCAACAAUGAAUCGUCAUACGAAGAAUGUGAUAAAAUCUAGACUAGGAUGGCGUAGUCUUUGUGCGAAGAAAUAUGAGGAAGCGUAGAGGGGCUAUGAGCCAGAUUUCCGGCGGUGUGAAUGCUAUAUGAAUAUUACAAAAUUUGCGUGAGACUUCUUGAUGCUCUCGUAGGAACGUCUUCAGGGACUUCUUUUAUAGUUUAAGGUCAGGUGACAAUAUCCCCAGUCUCCGCCAAUUAUUCUCUGAUCUACUUAUAUUUUUGUUUAACGAUCGGAUCAUAAC